GGGCUCCCCGGAGCUGGGCCGGGGGCGGGCCUCCGCCUGCUUCGCCCGAGCCCGGAGAGCACCCGGCACGGCGGCCGCCGACAGAGCAGCGAUCCGCGCUCGCUCGCUGAUACCCGAGACGCGCGGGGUCCCGAGGGCCCGGGCGGGCGCUGCGUGAGGACUCGAGAGGCGGCGUGGGGCGGGCCGCACGCGCCCCCGCCUGCCCCCCGCCCGCGCGCGGACCGGCCCAGCGCAGCCCCGGCGCGGGGAGCGCCGGCCGGGCGAGGGCGCGGGCGAUGCCGCGGUGACGGCCCAGCCAUGGCGAAGCCCCCUGCGGCGGCGGCGGCGGCGGCGGCGUCGGAGGAGCUGAGCCAGGUGCCGGACGAGGAGCUUCUGCGCUGGAGCAAGGAGGAGCUGGCGCGGCGGCUGCGGCGCGCGGAGGGCGAGAAGGUGGGCCUCAUGCUGGAGCACGGCGGCCUGAUGCGCGACGUGAACCGGCGGCUGCAGCAGCACCUGCUGGAGAUCCGCGGCCUCAAGGACGUGAACCAGCGGCUGCAGGACGACAACCAGGAGCUGCGUGAGCUCUGCUGCUUCCUCGACGACGACCGGCAGAAGGGGCGCAAGCUGGCGCGCGAGUGGCAGCGCUUCGGGCGCCACGCGGCUGGCGCCGUGUGGCACGAGGUGGCCCGCUCGCAGCAGAAGCUGCGCGAGCUCGAGGCGCGCCAGGAGGCCCUGCUGCGCGAGAACCUGGAGCUCAAGGAGCUGGUGCUGCUGCUGGACGAGGAGCGCGCGGCGCUGGCGGGGGGCGCGGGCGGCGCGGGCGGAAGCGGCGGCGCGGGCUCCCGCAGCUCCAUCGACAGCCAGGCCAGCCUGAGCGGGCCGCUGGCGGGCGGCGCGGCGGGCACGGGGGCCCGCGACGUGGGCGACGGCAGCAGCACGUCGAGCGCGGGCAGCGGCGGCAGCCCGGACCACCACCACCACGUCCCGCCCCCGCUGCUGCCCCCGGGGCCGCACAAGGUCCCCGACGGCAAACCCGUAGCCACGCGCAGGUCCCUGGAUGACCUGUCGGCGCCACCGCACCACCGAAGCAUCCCCAAUGGCCUGCACGAUCCCUCGUCCGCCUACGCCAGACAGCUGGAGACCAAGGUGAAGCUGCUGGAGGGUGACAAGCUCCUGGCACAGCUGCCCUGCCCCCACGCCCUGCCGAGGAGCUGGCUUCAGCAGGGGGGCUCCGGGGAGUUCCGGACGCUGCGGAAAGGCUUCUCCCCCUACCACUCGGAGUCCCAGCUCGCCAGCCUGCCCCCCUCCUACCAGGACGUCCUGCAGAACGGCCCGGGCUGCCCCGUGCCCGAGCUGUCCUCGCCCCCCUCGGCCGUCUACAGCCCCGCAGGACAGAAGCCCGAGGCCGUGGUGCACGCGAUGAAGGUCCUGGAGGUGCACGAGAACCUGGACCGGCAGCUCCAGGACAGCUGUGAGGAGGACCUGAGCGAGAAGGAGAAGGCCAUUGUCCGAGAGAUGUGCAACGUGGUCUGGAGGAAGCUGGGGGACGCCGCCAGCUCCAAGCCCUCCAUCCGGCAGCACCUGUCUGGGAACCAGUUCAAGGGGCCUUUGUAGGGCCCCUCCUCCGUGAUCACGGACUCUCCCUGCCCGGGGCCCCCAGGGGAGGCGGCGGGCCCUCCGGCUGAGCCGCUGUCGUCUUCUGGGAUGGACUGUACAUAGGACGCUGCCGGCCGGGCCCCCCAUCACCCCCAUCUCUCACACCAGCAAACCGGGCAGCCGGGAGGCCGCCUGCUGCCCGCGGUUCCCUGCAGCCUGGUGGCCUGGGCGGCCGCUCCCGCUCCAGGCCCCGGCGUCGAGCUCCCCGGGCAAGAACGGAAGGUUGCUCUCUGACGCCAGGCCCCGGGACCCUGCGGGCUGGGCCCGCACCUCCUCCAGCCCUUGCUUCCUGCAUGCCCCGGCCGCCACCGCACUGGGCCGAGGCUACUGGCAGCGGGGCAUGGUGCGGGUAGCGCUUUUCAUCCGCCUGCCGUCACCCGGACGCUGGCUCCCGAAGCACCGGGUCCCCUGAGUCCCGGACGGGGUGCUCCCGAGGCCCCUCCCCUGGCCUGUGCCCUGCUCCCCUGCUGCCGGCUGCCACUUGGUUUUAGGGUUCACACUCCCCCACCCCCCAGUGUCACCCUGCCCUGAGCCAGGGGUGCCUUCUCUUUUCGGUGGCUCCCUGCCCGGGCAUCUCCAUCGUCAUGGUUCUCACGAGGGGCCAGGAGCACAGGGAGGCCGAGCAGAGGCCCCGGGCUGAGCCGCACAUGCCCCCUCUCUCCAGACGGGUCACACCGGGUCACGCCUUGGCCUCCGGUCGGCCGUGGUGUCCCCCGGAGCCGCGCCCUGUCCUCGCUCCCUGUGGACAGCCGCAGGGCCAGUGACAGGAGCUCUGCCCUCCUGGGAAGGGGCCUGACCUGGCUCUGGCUGCAAUUUGCUGCGUGACCCUCUCUCAGCCUCUCUCUGCCCCUGGUGCAAAGGGCCGCCUUGGCGGUGCUCUCGGCCACGCCUGUGCUCUCGGCACUGCAGCUGACGGCGUCACCGGCAGGGGGCGGCUGGGGGGCUGGGCCCCUGCCGCGUGAUGCUGCCUCAUCAUCCGGUGGACCGUCCCCCUGCCCUGCCCUGCCCUGCCCGAGCCCGCUGAGGUGGGGUGGGGGCGCGAGGAGCUCCUUGCAGGCUCUGAGGGUCGGAUGAGACCGUCGGUGUACAUGGCCGGGUAUACACUGUAAAGUGCGGUACGUGUUUCCAAGUUAGCGUUUGAGGAAGAGGAGGCCCAGAGGGGUAGGCGGUCCGUGGCUCCCCGCCGGUGAGACCCCAGGGCCUGGGGGCAGGCAGGGCCCCUUGAUGCCGUUGGGAGGCUCUGGCGUCCACUCGCUUCUCGCCCAUCCUCGGACCUCCCUGUUCCGGCGACACUGAGGGCUGCGGCAGCCUCCCGAGGCCCCGGGGGCUUGGCUUUGCAUCAGGCAGUUCUGUCCAGGCCCGUGUGAGGGACGGGGGCCAGGACCCAGCUGCUCCCACUGUCCAUUUGCCUUUGGGGUGACACUCUCAGGGGAAAGGCGUGCACCCCUCCUCGUUCCCAGGGAGCUGAGGGGGCCCUGCCAAUGGCCGCAGGCGUGUCCCUCCUGCCCUGGGCUCUUUCUGGAAGGAACUUUCCAUCAGGUCAGGUAGUGAGCUCCCUGUCAUGGGGGGGCAUGCACUUGGAGCAGGGUGGGCAGCCUUGGUCAUGGCACUGCGUGAUCACUGCCCGGGUGGGCAGUGAGCUGGGAGACAGAGGCCCCGAUCUGGUCUUGGAGUCCAGAGAGCCACAGCAGCGGGGGCCCUGGGUCCAUUUCGGUGGGAGCCAUGUCUGGGAGCCCCUCGCCAUGUUUGGGUCAGGUUGGCUCGGCCACAACCGACAAUAAGCAAUAAGGAAGGUCCGCUGGCACCUGCAGAAGCUGACCCUGGGGAGGGUGGCCUCCCAGGGACCCUCCCCCUCCGGGGGGGGAAGCAACGCUGCCCCGGGCCGCGGUGGCGCCCGGGUAGCAGGGCAGCGUUCCUGCCAGAGCCCUCCAGCCUGCCACGUAGGCAGGACGAGCUGGUGCGGAGAUCCUCCCGUGCCCCCCUGCCCAUGUCCCCCUGCCAGCAUGGCGUGGGGUGGCUUCCUGGGCAGGACUGUGACUGUGAUGGUCACCUCGCUGGUGUAAUCAGCCGUGGAAAAGCUGCAGCAGCAGCAGCAGCUCUGCCUGACCGCGCACUGGGUCCCUUCACAGCUGUGGGGUGGGGCUGGGUGCUGGUGGGGGCGGGGGAGCUCCGAGGGGCCUCAGCCCAGGGGCAGCCAGGGGCCAGCUCUGCCGCUGACGGGGGUGGGUGUGUAGGGGUGUCACCAGGUGACCCUUCUCCCCUCGGGAGCCUUAGCUCUAAAAGCUCACGGUGGGUGGGGGUGUUGGUGAGCUUGGUGUCCUUUCCUAAAGGCCCCUUUCCAUUCCAAACCCCGCCCCGCUUCUAGACCCUGAAGCCACGGGGCCGCCUGCCCCGGGGCCCAGCUCCCACUGUGACAGAGGCCGUCCUUCCAGCCUCGCCCCCAGGCGCCGCCACGCCUGCCUGGGCCCGCGGCCCGCCGCGCACAUUUCCUGGGGUGGCGUGUUUCUAUCCGGGAGUGGUUAGCUCCACACAUCAGUGUUUAAAAAGUGACCUUUCACUUUUUUUUUUCUUGAAAACUUGAGAGGAAACAAAAUACUACUGAUUUUUUUUUUUUUUUUUAAACAACGCAUGACUGCAGAGCGGUAGAGGUGUAUAUUUUUCACGACGGAGGAAGGGUCCGCCGCUUUCCGGAACUGGCCGGAGCGCCCGGUUCCCGUCCCCACGCCGCAGCCACGCUGUGUUUUCUGUAGGAUGUGACCCCUGAGGGCGGGGGCCAGCCCCUCCCGGCUCCAGCCCGUUUCUACCUUCCAUCGAACCCCUUUGACUGGGGGGAAGAGCGAAAAGAAAUAGAACCUUUUGAUAGUGUGGUAAAAACAUUGAGCUAUUUUAGUACAAGGUAACAGAAGAGUGUGACAGUGUAUACUUUGCGCUAGAUAAAUAAAGGCUCUUUGCAAGCCUCCGCA